UGUGCGCCGUUUGGUUUUCUCGCAUUUAUUUGGUAAACAUUCGAACGUACUGAUAAGAUAAUUCAUCUUUGCUCGCUAUGGACGAAGAAUACUACAACAAUGCGGCAGAAUGGGAGGGACAAGAUGGCAAUUUGGAGGAUGGAUUUGGGGACGCUGAGACUGAUGGCAAAGUUCAGGAGGCAUGUCUGCAGAAAUUUUCCAGUAGAGACUAUAUCAUGGAGCCCACCGUAUUUAACACGCUGAAAAUGUAUUUCCAGGCAGGUGGUUCACCUGAGCAUGUUAUCCAGCUGCUUUCAGAGAAUUAUUCUGCUGUUGCACAAACGGUGAAUCUGCUGGCGGAGUGGCUCAUACAGAUGGGAGUGGAACCCGCCCAGGUGCAGGAGCGUGUAGAGAAUCAUUUGAAGAGUCUCUUGAUCAAACACUUUGACCCCCAAAAAGCAGAUUCAAUCUUCACCGUUGAGGGAGAGACGCCAGCAUGGUUGGAACAGAUGAUAGCACACACAACAUGGAGAGAUCUGUUCUACAAACUAGCUGAAGCUCAUCCAGAUUGUUUGAUGCUCAACUUCACUGUUAAGUUGAUUUCAGAUGCAGGAUAUCAAGGAGAGAUCACAAGUGUGUCCACAGCCUGCCAACAGUUGGAGGUUUUCUCCAGGGUCCUACGAACCUCCCUCGCCACACUCCUAGAUGGAGGAGAACAGAAUCUGGAGAAAAAUCUGCCAGAAUUUGCGAAGAUGGUGUGCCAUGGUGAGCACACGUACUUGUUUGCUCAGGCCAUGAUGUCUAUCCUCGCUCAGGAGGAGCAGGGUGGCUCGGCCAUGCGCCGCAUUGGACAGGAAGUACAGAAAUAUGCCCACGAGAGGGGACACGAUGCCAGUCAAAUCACAUUAGCACUGGGCACAGCUGCAGCAUACCCACGUGCAUGCCAGGCUCUUGGUGCCAUGCUGUCUAAAGGGGCUCUAAACCCUGCAGACAUCACAGUCCUUUUCAAGAUGUUCAGCAGCAUGGAUCCACCUCCAGUAGAGCUGAUUAGAGUUCCUGCCUUCUUGGACCUGUUCAUGCUGUCACUUUUUAAACCAGGAGCUAAAAUUAACCAGGAUCAUAAACACAAAUAUAUCCACAUCUUAGCUUAUGCAGCUAGUGUUGUGGAAACAUGGAAAAAGAACAAGCGUGUGAAUAUAAAUAAAGAUGAGCUGAAGUCCACCUCUAAGGCCAUUGAGACGGUUCAUAAUCUCUGCUGCAAUGAAAAUAAAGGCGCUACAGAGCUAGUAGCAGAACUCGGCACAUUAUACCAGUGCAUCAGGUUUCCAGUGGUAGCGAUGGGCGUGUUGAAGUGGGUUGACUGGACGGUAUCUGAGCCUCGUUACUUCCAGCUACAGACGGAUCACACUCCUGUUCAUUUAGCUCUACUGGAUGAGAUCAGCACAUGCCAUCAGCUUCUUCAUCCUCAGGUUUUGCAGUUGCUCGUAAAACUAUUUGAGACAGAACACUCACAGCUUGAUGUCAUGGAGCAGCUGGAGCUCAAGAAGACCUUACUGGACCGUAUGGUUCAUCUGCUGAGUCGAGGUUAUGUGCUUCCAGUGGUCAGCUACAUCCGUAAAUGUCUUGAGAAACUCAACACCGACAUAUCACUCAUCAGAUACUUUGUUACAGAGGUUCUAGAUGUGAUAACUCCUCCAUACACCUCCGAUUUUGUCCAGCUCUUUUUGCCCAUCCUAGAAAAUGACAGCAUAGCGGGAACAAUCCGCACUGAGGGAGAACACGACCCUGUGGCUGAAUUUAUUGCACACUGCAAGUCCAACUUCAUCAUGAUGAACUGAGACCAUCUUAUCAACUUGCACCUUUGAAUUUGAAACGCUCUUUCACCAGAUGGAUGACCAAUAUGAGUCUGGCCAAUAUUAAGGGUCAUCAAUUUCUGUGUACAUAGGUUUUUGUACUGACCUUAUGAAAAAAACAAAAAAACUUGACCAAUAAGAACGCAGAAAAAAAAUUUUUUUAGGUCACAUUUCUCAAAUUUAGCUUUGAAAAUUAUUUGGGAUGUCGGUUUUUCUUUUUGUGUACUGAAACUGGACUUUCUUUUAUUAAACAUGAUCGUACUAAGCCCAUAGUGUAAUCAUUUCAAAAGCAGACAAGCCCUUGAAAGUCCCUUUCUGUAAAGCUGCUUUGAAACGUUGUGUGUUGUGAAAAGCGCUAUACAAAUAAAAAUACUUUAACUUCCUUUUCUACAUCCGCCAUAUUGAGCGUUCCAUUCAUUUUAAUAGCAGUGCUCCGUCUCAGGCUUCACAAAAUUAAAGCUGUGGUGCUAUGGCAAUGCAAAAAUGCAUAAUGUAACUAGCAGUGAAUACAAACAGUUUCGAUUUUUAGUGGUAAUAAACUUAUAACAAAA